AUGGUUGGUAUCAAGCGCUUUUUGAUGCCAGAAGUGCGUGGGUUUCAUGGCGCCACGAAGCAGCGCUAUUCGGACUUUGUGGUGCAUGAGGUGGCACUGAAUGGUCAAGUGGUAAAGCUCACGGAAGUUCAACGCUUUGUUCCUGCUUCUAAGAUUCAAAAAGUGAGUGAAGUAUUCAAGCAUCGAGUCUUUGCAAUGCUGAAUGAUGCAGUUAAUAAGAAGAUGGACAUUCCGACGCCAGUGCACACGUUGGUGGGUAAAUUGGCAGGCCAACUGCUGGGUCUGUUCAAUCGCAAUAAGAGAGCGCGAGUGCUAAAUCAGGAGAGGAGAGACGUUGAGAAGCUGAAAGAGGCUGUUGCAGAAGUGUGUGGGAAUGAGACGGCAGAGAGGUUGAAAGAGUUUGUGCUCAAGGCAGUAGACACGCAGAUGAAGGAUGAAGAAAUGAAAAGACAAGCACAUAAGGAGACUCGGAGCAAGAGUGAAGCGAAGACAAUGGAGAAGGACGCGUCAUGUGCUCAGAUUGAGGACGCAGACACUACGUUCUUUUUCCCACCAAUUGAAGCAAAGGAGACUCGAGCGAUAGUGCACCAAGUGCUGCGCAAGUUUGGCAGUGGUAUUGUAGUGUCCGACACGACGACUAAUGCUAAUGGGAUGUCAGUCAUUCGAGUGCGACGAGUAAUGAUUGGAGGUAAGAAGCGUAAGGAUAUGGACCAGCGUAACGAAAACAGCGGACGUGGAUCAUGGCCGAAGAAUCGUCCCGAUUACUUGCAGUUUGUGCUGUACAAGCGCAAUCUGGAGACUAAUAGCGUCAUGAUGCAGUUGGCAAAAGCCAUGAACACGAGCGUAUCGAACUUUACGUAUGCUGGCACUAAAGACAAGCGUGGCAUUACAACGCAACUGUGCACGGUCUACCAUGGAUCGAAGGAACGACUGGAAAGGCUGAACAAUGCUGACCGCGAAUUAGACUCGUUCAACUUUCUCGUGGGCAACGCAACAUACGUCACGCAACGAUUGAACCUUGGCGACCUGCGUGGCAAUCGCUUCUCAAUGGUUAUCCGUGAUCUUCCUGAUGACGAUACGAUAUCAAACGAACAGAUCCAUGAAGUGGUUCGUAGUUGGAGUGAGCAUGGCUUCAUCAAUUACUUUGGUUUGCAGCGAUUUGGCACCAAAGCAAUCGCCACGCACGAGAUCGGACGGGCGAUAUUGCAGCGCGACUAUAAACGUGUGGUUGACUUGUUGCUCUCACCGCACGAGGGUGAUGCGACUAAAAUUCGUGAGGCGCGUCAGGCCUUCCAGGACGCACAGGACAUUGAAGCUGCGCUGAAGGCACUGCCUCCAUAUCUGAUCGCUGAGCGUGCAGUGCUGCAGGGACUACGUACGUAUGGAACGACAUCGUACGCUGCUGCAAUUCAGGGCAUCCCUCGUCACCUUCGUAUGAUGUAUACUCAUUCGUAUCAGAGCUACGUUUGGAAUUCUGUUGCAAGCGAGCGCUUAACGCGAUUCUCUAGAGACGCGCCUGUAGUGGGCGAUCUCGUGAUUCCUCACGAUAAAAUGAUGGAAGAAUACGUUGUUGAUAGCGAAAGCAGCGGUGGUGUGGACGAGAAGGAAGAUGAAGAUUGCCUGCCGAACAAGAAGGCUCGGACGUCGAGUGGAGCGACACGGCACGACGCAAGUGCUUCUGUCGUCACUACUGAAAACUUGAGCCAAUACAGCAUUUAUGACGUGGUGCUCCCGCUGCCAGGCUAUAGCAUUAUGUAUCCCGAUAAUGCCCUCAGACAGCAAUACGAUGAGAUCCUACAGGUUGACGCCGUGGACUUCCAAACGCUAGAACGUGCGACGAACUCAGAAUAUCAUCUUCCAGGGUCUUACCGUCACGUGGUCAGGAAGCCUAUGGAUGUAAAGCAUGAAAUCAAAAGAUUCAAUGAUCCCGUGAUGCCGCUCUUGGCAACGGACGUUGACCACCUCAUCGGCGGCGCUACUCACGCCUCCAUUCCCGAUGGAAAGCAUCGUGCUCUGUGCCUGGAGUUCCAGCUUGGCCCGUCCUCAUACGCAACAAUGGCAGUGCGGGAACUGCUGAAACAGAGCAGCAACCUUGACGUACAGCUCCAGCUGAGGCAGAAGCUGGAGACCAAGGCAAGCAAAUAA